AACCCUACACACCGGGGCACACCGACCGCAAGCAUCAAUCAAUUUUAGCGCCGUUUGUUGCAAGUUGUUAGAAAUCAAGAAAAAGCAAUCAUCAAUUUCCGUCAGAUAAUCCCGGCUGUGUGCGUGCGUGCGUUGUGGUGAGGUGUGAAACAGGUGUCCAAGUCUAUCAACAGCCACACAGAAUGGGCGAACAACCGACGGUUUCCUUGGAGGCGCUUCAAUCCGCCGGCAAUACGCUAGAACGCCACGGUUCCAUCGAUGCCGAUGUGCCGGGUUUACUAGAGCUGACGGGAGUAACGCAAGCCGGCACCCCGACUGCAAGCGGCUUGAGCGACUUUGACUACCAGCAGCUGGCCAACCUGUCGAUGGGCUUCAAGGACCUGAAUCAGCUGUGCACGGUCAACAAGGUUCCUAUACCGUCGGAAAUAAUGGAACAUUUUAACCAUAUAAAAUGUCACUGUAUGAUGGGCCUGUUUCCCGAAAUUGGACGUGCGUGGCUUACAAUCGACACGGACUUAUAUAUCUGGACGUAUGAAAAUGCACGCGAUGUGGCCUACUUCGAUGGGCUGUCCCAGGUGAUCAUAAGCGUCGGGCUGGUGACGCCCAAGCCGGGCCUAUUCGUGGCGGACGUAAAGUAUCUGCUGAUUCUAACGACUCCGAUCGAAAUCGUCGUGCUCGGCGUGACGUUCGGUGACGCAAACAGCGGGACGCCCAACCGCAGCAUGACCGCGUCCCAGGGCACUGAGGAGAUGCAGCUAAUGCACACACCCAUUUUCGUGCUCAACACGGACAACGUUGCCAUCAUGUGCGUGCAGGGUACGGAGGAUGGGCGGAUUUUCCUCGGCGGACGGGACGGUUGCCUGUACGAGGUGGCGUACCAGGCGGAAUCGAACUGGUUCGGCAAGCGGUGUCGCAAGAUCAACCACUCGCAGGGCCUGAUGUCCCAUCUGGUGCCGGGCAUCUUUAAAAUAUUCACCGAAACCGACUCGGUGGAAAAGAUUGUGGUGGACAACACGCGCAACUUGCUGUACGUGCUCAUGUCGAAGGGUUCGAUCGAGGCGUGGGACAUUGGGAAGGACGCCGGAAGUACGCGACGCAUCGCCCGACUGUCGUACAAGGACAUCAUCGCGAGUGCGAGCGCCAUUUUGCGCACGAUCGAUCCGUCCGUGUUUCAUCCGAUCACCGCCAUCUGCCCACUAACGGCGGAAGACUCGUCCAGUUUGCAUCUGGUGGCGGUUGCGGAGAGUGGCGUCCGGUUCUACUUCUCCACGGUGCCGCUGCACCUGCACGGGUUCUACAUCCAGCAGCAGCAAAUGCUGCAACAGCAGCAGCAGCAACAGCAGCUACUGCUGCAACAGCAGCAACUUCAAAUGCAGCAGCAGCAAACUAAGCCGCAGGGCUUGUAUCUGCUGCACGUGCGCGUACCCCCGGGAACGACGGGCAAUUUGCUGCUGACCAAACCGAAGCUAGUCCAUUCGGCGCACUACGUGAAGGGUUCGCUGCUGCUGAUAUCGAGACAGCAGCAGGACCAGGAUAUGCUCACCUGCCUCAGCUCGGAGCAGUUCCAGUCGCAGCUUAAUCUGGUCGAGUCCACCACCUACAUGCCACUGGACGGGCAGGUGUGGGCCAUCGCCGACGUGUUGCGCAAGGAUCGCGUUUCGAUUUCAACGCCGCUGCGUACGGCACAGAACCCCCGGAAGGUGGCGCUGCUAACGAACCAGGGCGUGCACAUCGUGUCGAUACUGCAAUCGGUGGACAUACUGCAGCAGCUGCUCGUUGGUUGCCACGGUCCGCACAACGAUGCCGUCAAGACGUACUUCAGCAAGCAGACGGAACCGGAAGCUUGCGCCACGGCACUGCUGCUAGCCUGCCGCGAAUCGUUCCGCGGUACCGAGCUGGGCGAUUGGGCGGCCCAGGCGUUCGUGCUGUAUGGCGGCGAGCCGUACUUCGAUGCAGCCAUCGUGAGUGACAAUAGGCAGCUAGGCUUUAAUUCUCCCAUUGCCGGGGCCGGGGGUUACGGUGGUGGGGCGAUGGAUUCGACUGUGCCGCAUAAUGCCAACUUCGGACCGGGUGGACGACUGUUUGCUUCCACGCCGUACUCGACGCCUGGGCGUGGUGGUAUGGUGUCGCCGGUACAUCAGCAGCAUCAUCCUCACCAGCAACAUCAGCAGCAGCAACAUCCGUCGAUGUACGUUGGUGGAUCGCCGCAGCAGAAUUUAAACAACAACAACGAAACGGCGGACGGAUCACUUUUUCACUACUCCGCUAAGCAUGCCGGACUGUAUCUGUACAUGAGUCGUGUGCUGCGCUGCAUUUGGCGCAAACCGUGCGUGGACGAGCGGCUGUACUCGACCAUCUCGCAGCAGGACUGUGUGGUGCUGCUGGAGGAUCUGUACGCCAUCCGACGGUUCCUGGAGAACGUGACGGUGAGCAACCUGCUCGGGUACACCGGUGGUCGCAGCAACGGAACGUCUGUAAGAGCAGGAAGUCUCGGAGCCUCAUUCGCUCAAGGACAGUCCGGUCUGUUGAUGGGUGGCGAGAGAGGUGGAUACGGUAGUUUUAUGUCCUCCCAACCCGGCUACAGCAUAGGAGGAGGUGCCGGUGGAGCUUUAUAUGCUCAGACCAAUGCUGCCAUAUCCCAGAAAAACUGCACGGAGGAAGCGCUGCUGGAGGAACGAAAGUCGCUGGAAGCAUUAGUGCGAUUAAUAAAACAAGCGUGCGAAGUGGUCGGCCUGUGGAAGGUGAUCUGCGAACACCAGUGCCAUCUGUUGGUGGGUAAGCUAACGAAGGAAGAGCAAAGCAUACUGCAGGCGUGCACGUUCCGCGAUUUGAUUCUGUCGCGCAUCGACGUCUGCGGGCUGCUGAUUGUGACGCUGAUCAACUCCUACCUGGCGGACAAUGCAAGCGUCGGCUCGAUCUCUUCCAAGCUGCGCGAGGUGUGUCCCACGCUGUACCGCCACGAGGAUGCCGUUUCGCACAAGGCGACCGAAAUUCUGCUCCUAUCGCGCGGCUGCACCGACCGCGACAAGAAGGAGGAGCGCCUGCGUACGGCGCUGCAGCUGUGCAAGAGCGCCGCACCGAAUCUUCCGCUCGCCGCACUGUGCCAGCAGUUUGUGUCGGCCGGGUUUUACAGCGGCGUGAUCGAGCUGUGCACCGUGUGCGCCGCCAAGAGUGACCCGAACGAGGUCGGGCUGCAGUUUUACCGCAACAACGAGGCGAUGGACAAUCAGGAAGGGUUCCUCGCGUUCCAGAGCAGGAUGAACUGGUACAGCGAGGUGAAGGUGAUGCUGGACAACGUGUACGAGGUGGCGGGAAGCAACGGCAACGGCAGUGGCGCCGGUGCCGGUGGUCAGCAGCCGAAACCCGACAGCAUCUAUCCGACGAUGGACGACGACGAGCAGCAGGAGCGGGCGGUGGCCGGCAAUCAGGAGGUGCUGACCAUCAUCGGACAAUCGCUGCAAAGCACGGACCAGCUCCUGCACAUCGCUAUCUACGAGUGGCUGCUGUCGAAGAACCUGCUGGCCGAGCUGUUGGAGAUCACCGAACCGUCGCUCGGCGUGUUCCUGAGCAGGGCGAUGGCCCGCACGCCGGACAAUCUGAUCGUGGCCGAUCUGCUGUGGAAGUACCACGAGCGCAAUGGGCAGCACGCGGCCGCCGCCAAGAUUCUGGACAAGCUUGCUAACGUGGCGAGCGAUAGUAUCAAUCUGCAGCAGCGCAUCGAGUAUCUGGCCCGGGCGGUUAUGUGCAUGCGGUCCGAGUCGGUCGGCUUUUCCGCCCACAACGGUGUGCUGCUGAAGGACCUGGAGGACAAGCUGGAGGUGGCGCAAAUUCAGCGCCAAGUGUACGAUGCGCUGGCCCUGCUGACUCAGCGCAGCAACGAACAGUACGAUGCGCUCAAGCUGCUCGACUCCAACCUGUACAAUUUGACGCAGCUGUACUCCGACUUUGCGGAGCAGUACGAGCUGUGGGAGUGCAAGCUGACGAUACUGAACUGCUCGCACCACAACGAUCCGCUGCUGAUCGAGUCGGUGUGGACGCACAUCCUGGACCGGGAGCUUCAGGGCCGCGAAAGCUGCGCCGAGCGCUGCCGGCGGCUGCUGGCCAAGGUGAAGAGCCUGGCGCUCGAGUACGACAGCUCCGGGUGUUGCUUCCCAUUGGCAUUUAUCGUGCGCGAGGUAGAGAUCCGUUGCUUCCGGCUGGGAAUGUUUAAUUCCCCCGUCCCGGAAGCGCUCAUCGAGAUGAACCUGGAUAUUGAGGAGCUGCUGAACAUUUACUCACGCCUCGUGUCGAUGAACGAACGUGUCUGGGUGACGGAGGACGACGAGCUGUAUCUGAUCCGGUCCACCUCCGCGCUGCUUUCGCUGAUCGUCAAUCAGCCGAAGCUGGUCCCGCUGAAGGAUCGCCGGAAGGUGAUGGCCAAAUCGCAGGACCUUAUCGCGGCGGCACUGAACAUUCUCUACACCAAACCGGACACGCAGUCGCUGAUCGAUGUGUUCCGCGACACGCAAUCGAAGCUGCAGCGAAUUUUGUAAGCAAAAGUGUAAAGCGUAAAGACUAGUGCAGGAACAAAAGCAAAAGACCAUGAACGGUGGUGGUGGCGGCGGUGUAGCAAGUCGCGUAGUAAGCGUGUGACAGAUGGUGCCAGCCCGUGCCGCUGCCAUCGUUCUGUCCGUUAGUCGGGAGCAAUGUUUUUUUUUUGUAUGUUUUCAAUGUUUAUGUUCUUUUUUACGAAAAAUGUUAGUAAGUUCAAUCAAUCACAACAUAUAUUACGCCGUCGGAUCAUCGCGUUGCCGUGCGUAUACGCAGCAGCAACACGAAACUUAGAUAAUGUUUUCAGAAUAAAGUGAAUAUUGUAUAGUGUGUA